AUGGCCGCCGAAGCCCAAGUCGCUCUGCAAACGCAACGCAUUGACACGAUGCGCAAUAUGUCCAACCGCGUGAUUGACGCACUCGCUACACAAAGUGUUGCCGCUAUUGAUGCUGAACUCACGAUUCUAGAAAUUGACCUGGAACUCGCUAAGACUUUGCUGAUCAAGUAUCUUCAAAGUCAGUACUAUUCGCAAGAGCUGAAGAUAUUUAAAGAUGGUGAUUCUCUACAUCGAAAUCAUCGUCUCGCUAAAUUGAUUCCCUACGUCGACUACAACGGAGUACUCAGAGUCGGUGGUCGCUUGGAGAAUUUGCUGCUGGAUGAUGAACAAAAAAAUCCAGCCAUUUUACCAAGGUCAUCACGCUUAAGUACGCUAUUGAUCGAUCAUUCGCAUCAGAGAACAUUCCACGGGGGAACUCAAUUAACUCUCGCUGAUCUACGGAGAUCUGUCUGGAUAGACACGAGACGUAGAGGUGUUCGUGCACAACAAUUAAUGGGACAAUUGCUAUCCGCUCGUGUAAGACCAUCUAAAGCAUUCUUACACACUAGAAUAGAUUACGCUGGGCCAAUAACCCUGAAGACUUUCCAAGGUCGAAGUGCCAAAACCUAUAAAGGAUGGAUCGCUAUUUUUGUAUGUCUCGCUACGUCCACUAUACAUAUUGAAAUUGUCAUCGAUUACUUUACUGAUGCUUUCGUUGCAGCUUUUCAAAGAUUCACUAGUCAAAGAGGCGCCUGCAGUACCCUAUACUCGGACUGUGAUGGCACAGACUGGAAGUUCAACCCGCCAAGCACUUCCCACUUUGGUGGCAAGUGGGAAGCAGCCGUAAAGUCAAUCAAGUUCCAUCUCAUACGAACUAUUGGUGAAUCGCUAUUGACUUACGACCAACUCACUACAGUCUUAAAACAGACUGAGGCUGUGUUAAAUUCAAGACUGAUCGCUCCGCUAUCUGAAGAUCCUGCAGAUUUAACCGCUCUAACUCCUGGACAUUUUCUCAUCGAUGAACCGCUAAUCGCUGUACCUGGGCCCUCGCUACUGGAAAACAAUUCAGCUACGUUGUCACGCUGGCAACAACUACGACAAAUGUUCCAGAGAUUUUGGAGUAGAUGGUCAUCGGAAUAUCUACAAAGACAUCAAUCAAUAUCUAAGUGGCAUAAUCUUUAA